ACAAACCAAUUUAUAACAAACAUUCCAAAAAUAAAGCAUUGAGAAUACACUAUAAAUACCACACCCCACCCCCCACAACAUCUUCAGGCAGCAAAUUAAUCCCAUUUCAAGGCGCAAUAAUUUGGUGGAAAUUUUCACUGAUUAAUUUUUGCCAAUUUAGAGCGCCACCACCAAAAUUAAUAAAUCAGAAAUGGAAAUGAAGAAGGUUGCCUGUGCCGUCCUCUUCGCCGCCGCCUCCAUCAGCGCAGUGAUGGCCAGUGAGAGCCCCGCCGAGGCUCCUGCCCCACACAAUGGUGCCUCCAUGAGCUUGCCGGCUGUUGGUUCCUUGGUUGGUGCUUCACUUGUGUCAUUCGUUGCCUAUUAUCUUCACUAGAUUGAGGAGAAAAAAAUAGAGAGAAAUAGAAGAAGAGGAGGGGAACAAAUAAGAGUGAUUUUAUGAUGAUUUCCCUUAUUGGGAUAUCUUUUUAUUUGUACUGUUUUUCUCUUUUUUUUUUUGAGUAUUUCUCCUUUAAUUUGAUACUCAAAUCCAAUAAAAAUGUC